UUGUCUUCAGGAUCUGGACGGUACGUUCCUGGUGAAAAGCCUGCUCUUUCUGCAAAUGGCAGUGUCGAUCCUCUCACCGGUAGUGGAAGGUAUAUCCCAGGUAACUCGUAUGGAGAUACCGCAAUGGAUGUAGGUGGAGAUCCUCUCACUAGUUCUGGAGGGUACAAACCAGGAUCAGCUUCCGGUGACGUCAUUCCGAGUGCUUGCCUGCCCUUAGAUAAGAAGAGACCUCGUGGUGAACUUGUACCUAUGUCUGUUUAUUAUCGUUUCGGCGUGGAGCAGCUGAGCACCAAGGCUUUUGCGAAACUUGUUGAAGUCAACAACACACAAACAGCUUUGAAAUUGAGUGAGCAACAGGUAGGAGAGCAGAAUUUUGUUUUAGUUCUUGUCAAAUAAUG